GAGAGAGAGUGAGAAAGGGCGAACGUAGCAUGAAGCAAAUAGCCAUGGAGCGAGAGUAGGGAGCAAGCAAGUGAGAAAGAUCGAGAGAGAGUGAGAUAGAGCGAAAGUCGCAUCACGCACAGUGCCAUGGAACGAGAGGUGGGAGAGAGCUAUAGCGAGAAUGAUUUAAAGAGAGAGUAAGGGAGAUCGAGAAAAAAUACACGCAAUCAAAUAUCUUGGUCACCCUACCAAAGUUGAAAUGCGCCUUGUUGUCUAUAGGAACGUUUAGGAAACUCGAUAAACGUUUCGUUCAGUCACUUGUCUUAUGGAACUUUAGCAACUUGAUUGAAUAUCGAUAUUUAAUUAAAUAUCUAGAGAUUCAAUUAACUCUCUGAUUUAAUACUUAACUGCGACCUAUAGACAAUAAAAAUAAAGGCUUUAUAAAUUCUUAUUUUUUAGUUAGCUUUUUUUAACUUAAUGUAUAGUAUUAGCUAGUUUAAAAGCUCUCUUUCAAAUAUAACUAUUCCUUUUUAUAAUGUGUUAAUCUGUUAAUAACAUAAAAAUAGUCCUUACAAUGACGCAACAUUGUAAUACUAUCUAAUAUUCCCAGGUUUAAAAAAAAAUGUAAUAAAAAAAAAUUAUAGUAAUUUUAAUUAAUUAAUUUUAUCACGGCCCGACGUUUCAUAACGAUCUCCUUCGAUAACGAUUAAUAAAAUUGAAGUAACUCAUUACUUAAUAGUCAAAAAUUUAAGUGAUUGGCUCUAAUGGAAAAGGCGCAAUAGAUAUUCUACUCCUCGCACGUCCAAAGUGUUCACGUAAUUAAAUAAAUGUAAAUAACUAUUUUUGAAAAUCAAAUGGAAACUAAAGCUAUACAAGAAAGGCUUCCCCAGAUUGUGGACUGCCUUCAGCCCUUAUUGUUUGUGGAAAAGUGUUUUGGGACCUUUCGUUUUCGUCAAGUAAGAGGAUCUUUGCAUCCACCCACAUUUAAGAGUAAAGCGUAUGCUAUGGCUCUGUUAAUUGUCAUCAGCAUUCCAUAUUUAGCAGCAUUAUGCAUUUCACAGUCACCGUAUGGUAUUGAUGGGAUAAAAUUCGAACUAGCAAAUGCGGCACCGGUCCUACUCGUAGUGAUUCAAUUUGUAAUAUCAAUGUUAGUGCCUUUUAUGUUCUCUAAGGAGAAUGUUAUCAUUGUGCAAUCAUUAUCCGAAAUAGAUCACCUGUUAAAUGUAGACGAAAAACACUAUAGGAAAGGCAAGCGAAGAAUUCUGGUAAAAUUAAUCACCUUCAGUAUUAUUUUAAUUAUAAGUAUGGUAUACGAAUUUUCUUAUCAAGAUCUGUUCACCGUUACUGUACCGUUCAUAUCACUAAUUAAAUACGGGGACAAACUACGAAUAUUUUCAUUUUAUGUAUACAUUAGCUUGAUAACUGAGAGGAUUAAUAUUCUCAAUAAGUAUUUAUUGACUAUAAGCAAUAUUGGAUGUAAUAAAGUAAAGAAAUGUUCCGUAUUUCUUAUCAGACCCAAGAUGGCCGAAAUCGUUGAAAUUAAAAGUUUAUCUAAGUCUUUCCAUUUGAUUGGGAAUACCCUUAUAUUAGUAAAUUCAGUGUUCGAAGUGUAUUUGUUUUUUGCAAUAGUUACCGCAUUUUUUAACAUAAUAAUGUCGUUAUAUAUGUAUAUUUAUUAUUAUCGGAUAUUUAAGUUAUCACAUAAAUAUAUGGUAGGGAUAGCAUAUUGGUGCACAACUGAAAUAUUUUUUCUCAUAAUUGUAUGCUGUUUGUGUGAAAAUAUACUUAAAAUACGUAACAGGACAGAAGUUUUGGCAAACGAUAUUAUUAUGAAUUACAAAAUAUCAGAUAUAGUGAGAAAUCAGGCGAAAACUUUAAAGGAAGUGGUGGAUGCAUGGCCAAUGAAUAACGUAGUUUAUGGUAUGUUUCAGCUGAACAUAAAUUUUAUGAUGAAAUUUAUAAAUAUUUCUACCACAUAUUUCAUACUUCUUAUUCAAGUCUCUCAUUUCAUAUAAGAAAAAAUGUUUUAAUAACUAUAGGUACGGUAUUUGUAAAGGCAUGGCUUUUGUUUCGAAAUUGAAAUAAAAAAGACGAU